ACUACUGCAGAAAAGCAUGUGGGGCUAGAAGCAUCUGCAGGGGGCGCAUUCGGGCACGACAUCGCUUGUUGGCUGUGAGCAGCGACAACUUGCCCGACAGUAGGCUCUGCUGUCUUUUGCCAAUUACUAAUUGUCUUUGCAUUAGAGGAAAUGUUUGCUGUCGCUGCGUCCGUGGCAGCUGUUGCAUACGCAUUAAUGUUUUGUCUUGCCAGCAACCAAGCGAACAUUCGGCAAAUUUUGUUACAAUAGAAUUUAAUUUAAUUGAAGUCAAGUGCCAUAAUUAAUGAGUUAUUUCAAAAUCAAAACAAAACGCAAACGUCGACGCAGACAACGGCAAGUAGGUCCCAUGCAAUGCGACGCUCACCAGAAAAUAUCUUCUAUGGGCAAUAGAGCGCACCAAGCACGCUUUAAAAUUAGUUGGGCCGCACAGAAGUGUGCCACACGUUAACGCAUUUAGAUGUUCUCAGCGGCUUUUUGAAAGAUUGACCUUUAUUGGAUGUACCAAUACGUAUAACUAGUAAAAUAUGUACGGGCAUUUGUAGUACUAUUUAGAGUGAAGUUCUAAUUCUGUGUACAGCACAAUCUAAAACGCAAUAAAAGGCGCUGGAGGACCAGUAAUACUGUACUCGUGUGUUAACUAAUUAGAAGUUGUAAAAUUUUUGUGUGCCAACUAAUUUAUUAACUUAAAAAUGCUCUUACAUAAUUUUUUUACAUACAGUUUGUAUCCGAGCUAAAUUCCUCGUCAGUGAAUGUGUAUGAGAAUUUAUGAACGUGGACGAUUAUUUAAAUACAAUGUGUUUGAUAAAUGCGUGCCAAUAAAAAAUGCGCUUAAAGGCAAACCUAAUGACAAAAAUAUAGGGAAUCUAAAAUUUUUUCAAUCAUUCUACGUCACAUAACAGCACCAAACUAACUCAUUAUGUUAAAUCGCUUAUGCUUAUAAAUAUUCCCCAGCAUAUGGCAAAAAAUUGGUCACCACCCCAAGGCAGAAUUCAACAACAAAGGAACAAUACAAUCUGCUCGCCAAUCACUACGCCACGUAUAUUUGCCAAUGCAUAUGAGCAUAAUAGAAUCAUAUAAAGGCCCGUCACCGAGUUAAAAAUUUAAAUUAAAAAUAAGUUAUUUGAAACGUUUAACACUUCACCUCUGCAUACGCCAACAAAACGCAGCAAACAAGCGAAAUCGUGAAAAAGCGAGAGAUUAUUUUAAGGGUCGAAAAAGUCUAAAAAAAAUCACUUUGUUGUUGCCUUUAUUAUUAGCUAAACUUUGAUGAGUUUGUCAUCGGCAGAAAGCGACUAAAGGACAAAAUCAAGACAACGACGUAGAGAGCCAACUAUCAGCAGCUGCCGACAAACAUCGCGUCUUGUGACGCUUUCAGUGGUGAUGGCGCGUAGACAAUAUAAACAAAUAUUAAUAUUGUAAACGAAAAUUCAUAGACAAGAAGACGUAGGGAGACACAGAUUUGCAAUUUGUUGCAGAAAUUUUCGUUUGCUUCCGCUAUGAGUUUGCCUUUUCUCAUACCUAUAAUUUUGAACUCCGGCCAGCCACUUAAAUACAUUUUUAAAUAAAUGCGAGAGGAAUAAGAAAAGGCGUUUAAAGAGAAUCGCUAUUCGGGAUAUUUUGAUGAAAGAUUACCACCACUUUUAACUCUGCAACAAUAACAUAAACGUUACAAUGGCUGCAAACAAACGCACUGUGGGCAUAGUUGUCGCUCUGGUGAGUCUCGUGUGUCUAGUUGCUGGCGCCAAUUUCUACUUCAUGUACUAUUUAAACGCAGAAGAAGUUCCUCAUGUAAGCAGCACACGCGCUUUGGAGAAUAUGAUACGCCAAAAGAUACGCGAACUGCAUCCAGCAUAUUUGAAUCGGAAUCCACGACUUUUUAUGUAUCGAAAUAAAUUAUUGAAAAACUAUAAACCGGCCCCAUAUGAAAAUGCAUCUGUCCUCUGGGAUAUUGCGAACUGGUGGCCACAAGAAAAUGAAAUCUAUCCACUCUACGACCCAUCUAUGGCUCAACUAUUGCAGACAUUGCGCCUCGAACCCUUCACUAAAGUAACUAAUUUGGCGAGAGGCACACAACUGAAAUUGCUGGUGCGUUUAGCUAAUAAGCAAAAAAUUAUCUUUAAACCGCAGUGGUAUGAACGUGAUGCAGUAAUCGAUGGCCCCGUAUAUGCUGGAAAAGAUCGGCAUACAGCGGAAGUGUAUGCCUUUUACUUAGGCGCUGUAUUGGACUUGAGGUGGACACCCAUAGUUGUAGGAAGAGUGAUUAAUUUGAAGACAGAUCUAUAUGACAAGGGUGAUAACGAACUUAAAAAUUCAAUGACAAUCACAGAAGGGGAAAAUGGUACCGAACAUUAUUGUCUUUUUGGAAAAUGUCACUAUUGCAAUGAAGAGGAAACGGUGUGCGGCGAUGAGAAUAAUAACAUAGAGGGCGUGCUAAUAUAUAUUAUACCGGGCUCAUUGUCUAAGCGUCGAUCGCCAUGGCAGCGAACGUACAAAGACGAUAAACGCGCACCUUGGGAAGAUGACAUGACCUAUUGCAAAUCACUGAAGGACAAAAUGGAAACUAUUCGGUUAUUAGACCUUAUCGAUGCGGCAAUAUUUGAUUAUCUAAUACAAAACGGCGAUCGCCAUCACUACGAGACGCGGGAAGAACGUUUAGUGCUCAUAGACAAUGGUAAAGCGUUUGGAAAUCCAAACAAAGACCACCUGGAUAUUUUAGCACCACUGUAUCAGUGCUGUCUAAUUCGGAAAUCAACGUGGGAUCGACUGCAAGUGUUUUCCGGUGGCGUGCUCACUGAGCUCAUUGAUCGUCUUUCCAAGCAUGAUGCGCUCUUUCCGCUGAUUACAGAUAAGCAUAAACGUGGCGUGGAACGCAGACUUUUAGUGGUUUAUGCAGUCGUCGAAUAUUGUAUGGACAGAGAAGGUGAUAAAAUGUUUAAACAGCUAUAAUUAAACUUAAAUUAAUGAAAAUGG